AUGGCCCCUUACGCUCCUACUGACGGCAUCAGCAAGCUCGCCAUCGACCAGAGCAAGCAUUUUACUGAAGCGCUUCAGGAAGCCCUUAAGAGUACUACGGAUCAGCAAAAGAUUGCUGCGGAAAAGGUGUCGGAGCUAGUCAUUGGCGAUGUCAAUGUGAACCUUGGUGUCGUUUCGCAGGGUCUGCGCAACGCUUUGCUGGCUGAAGAUGCCGACGCCAAAAUUGUCGCCUCAUACGUCGUCGACGACCUCAUGCAGAAGUGCGCGGAGCGUGUCGAGGCGUACAUUCUUCCUCUGUUAUCCGUAUUUUUGGAUCUACUUGCCGAUAAGAAGCCAUCUGUGCGCCCUGUUGCUGAAGAGGCUGCUUUGACUAUCAUCAGCUCGACGAACAAGAACUCGACGAUCCGAAUUCUUCCGAUUUUGUUCGCCGGACUUGACCGCUCAAAAAAGUGGCAAACUAAGAAAGGAUCGCUUGACCUUGUCGCCGAGCUGUCAAAGAUCGCUCCCUACCAGGUGGGACGUUGUCUCCCCGACAUAAUUCCUGUCGUGACGGACUGCAUGUGGGAUACGCGCAAGGAAGUUAAAGUUGCUGCUCGCGAGACGAUGACCAAAGUAUGUAACGUUGUAGGCAACAUGGAUAUUGAGCCAUUUAUUCCUGCAUUAGUGAGCUGUUUGGCCAACCCAACUGAAGUACCUGAGUGUACACACAAGCUUGCUUCGACCACCUUUGUUAAGACCGUGGAAGCCCCGGCUCUUGCAAUUAUGGAGCCAUUACUGAAACGUGCUUUAGCUGAGGGAAAGACAGCUGUCAAACGUCAGGCUGCAGUCAUCAUUGAUAAUAUGUGUAAGCUGAUGGACGAUCCGGCUGAAGCUCAGCUUUUUAUUCCGAAGCUUUUGCCUGGUCUUAAGAAAGUAAUUGAGACCCAGGCCGAUCCUGAGUGUCGUGAAGUUGCUACUCGUGCUCACGAGACGCUAUUUGUUGCUGGUGGAUCCAUGGAAGUGUCCGAAGAUGAGUUAAAGGUUGAUUAUGCCAAUAUUCAUAAGGUUGUGGUCGAAUCCAUUGCUGCUAAUCCCGCUGCUGUCAAGGCCGAGAUCGACAGCUUCACAAUUGAUUAUGUCACGGGUGUUUGCUACUUCCUGGUUGUGGCACGUAACUUCAACAAAGCUGUCUUUGAAAAGGAAAUCGCUACUUACUUUAAAGCGUUUAUGAAGCCUGCUGACAUCAAGCCGCUCGCUAAUGAGAUCCGCGAUCGGUGUUUUAAAGAAAACAAAUCAAUUUUCAUAGAGGACGUCGACUGCGAUGAGGGAAUUCCUGAUCUUUGCAAUUGCGAGUUUUCACUUGCUUACGGUGGUAUGAUUCUACUCAAUAAUGCUCGUCUUCGUCUUAAGCGUGGUCAUCGCUAUGGUCUGUGCGGUCCUAACGGUUGUGGUAAAUCUACACUGAUGCGCGCCAUCUCUAACGGCCAGUUGGAGGGCUUUCCUAGCCGAGAUGAGCUGAAGACUGUAUUUGUUGAGCAUAAUCUUCAAGCGUCUGAGGCCGAAUUGUCUGUUGUUGAUUUCAUUCUUGCGGACGAGGACUUAAAGAACACCCCCCGUAAGGAAGUUGAAGACACUCUUGCUGGUGUUGGGUUUACCCCAGAGAUGCAGGCCCAGGGUGUGGGCACACUUUCUGGUGGUUGGAAGAUGAAACUAGAGCUGGCACGUGCCAUGCUUCAAAAGGCUGAUAUUUUGCUUCUGGAUGAACCGACGAACCACUUGGAUGUCAAGAACGUGGCCUGGCUGGAACAGUAUCUAACGAAUCUGCACAACGUGACUUCUAUCAUGGUUUCCCAUGACUCUGGAUUUUUGGACACUGUCUGCACUAACAUCAUUCACUAUGAGACCCGUAAGUUGAAGAUCUACAAGGGAAAUCUCUCUAAAUUUGUCGAACAGAAGCCCGAGGCCAAGGCAUAUUACGAGCUUGAGUCCGACAACGUCAAAUUUGUCUUCCCGGAACCCGGUUUUCUUGCUGAUAUCAAGAACAAGGGUAAGCCGAUUAUCCGUUUGACGAACUGCUCAUACCAGUACCCAGGUACACCCAAACCGUCGAUUAACAACAUUUCAGUCACAUGUGCUUUGUCGAGCCGUAUUGCCGUGCUUGGUCCUAACGGUGCUGGUAAGUCGACGCUUAUCAAAAUGUUGACAGGUGAAGUUGAGCCAACGAGCGGGCAAGUGUGGAAACAUCCUUCGAUGCGGUUUGCCUAUGUGGCUCAACACGCUUUCCACCACAUCGAGUCGCACCUUGAUGAGACCGCGAAUCAGUACAUUCAGUGGCGUUUCCAGUCUGGUGAAGACAAGGAGCUUUUAGCUAAAGAGACGCGUAAGCUGAGCAAGGAAGAGAAGGAGCAUUACAAGAAGCCAGUGAAUUGGGAAGGUGAAAAGCGCGUUUUAGAAGAGAUUGUGUCUCGCCGCAAAUUUAAAAAGAGUUUUGAAUACGAGCUAAAGUGGGAAAAGCUUCCAGCUGACCAGAAUGCGUGGGUUCCCCGCGAGAAGUGUGAGAAGUGGGGAUGGGACAAACUGCUUCAGAUUGCCGAUGACCGCGAAGCUGCCCGCGCUAACUUGCAAGCGCGACCUCCGACAGCCAUCGCUGUCCAGAAGCACCUGGACUGCUUCGGCCUUGGUGCUGAGUUUGGUACGCACUCGCGAAUGCGGGGUUUGUCUGGUGGUCAAAAGGUGAAGGUUGUACUUGCCGCCGCCAUGUGGCUGAACCCACACAUCCUGGUGCUUGAUGAGCCAACGAACUAUCUGGACCGUGACUCACUUGGUGCGCUUGCUUCGGCUAUUAAGGAGUUCAACGGUGGUGUUGUCAUGAUUACUCACCACAACGAAUUUUCUUCGGCAUUGACCCAAGAAACGUGGAACGUUGAAGCUGGAUACUUGAAAAUUGAGGGCCAGCAGGUUGAGGACAAGACAAAGAUAGAACAAAAGGAUGAGGAAGAAGUGAUUGACGCAUUCGGUAAUGUUACAAAGACCAAGAUCAAGCGUAAAUUGACCCGCAAGGAGAAGAAAGCUAAAGAUAAAGCUCGCAAGGAGGCUGAAGCUCGUGGCGAAUACUUUAGUGACUCGGACGAGGAAUAA